AGCACCACCGCAGGCGUAAAGACAACGAGAGCCCCUAUUCUCAAAAAAAUUGCGUCGGGAACGCUCGUGAAGAGGAUCCUGCAUACGUCAGAGUCGUUUAGUCCAAGGAUAUCAUCCUCCGAAAAACGAUUCCGUGUGUUGUACCCUUCCUCAUCUUCAUUUGUGCGUUCUUUCUAUAUGGACAGGUUUCUAAUUCCCAUCAAUUCCCGCUCACCUAGUGUUGAACAUCAUUUGGGAUGCGAAUAAAUGACGGAAACUCGCCGAGUGUAUUGGAGCUGAUACAAUUAUUCUGCUUUGCAUGGGAAUCGACGGUGUGUAUAUCGGCGUUGUAAUCCGUUGAUUUCAACUGGAAUAACUACAAGGCAAAUACUUCACGGUCGAUGUCAAUCGAAAUCGUCAAGAGGUUUGCCACGGCUUUAUGAUUGAAACCAGAACGAAAUAUCGUUCUGUCAGAUAUGUAUAUUUUCGCCUGAUAUCGCACCCAACCGUUUAGGACAGUAUAGCACUUUGACAUGCAUUUCCACUCUUGCGUUUUGUGUGCCAAAAUUGAGGACUAUUGAGCUGCAAUAGCUGAAUGAGAUGACAUAGGAUUAGAGUAGUCGGGGUUAGUCAGGGUUAUAUCUUAUGCCUUGAAUUGCUAAAAAGCUAUACAGAAUAAUGGCUCUUUCAUAUCAAUGUAUGUCAUAUAGUUCGCCGAUUUCACCACGGUUUUAUGUAGAAUAUAAAAUGCUAAAUAGAAGGCAAUUGGAAGAGGCAGCAUAAUUUCAUUGGUCGUGUUGAUUCAUGAGGCCAUCUGAAUGUAACAAGUAUAAUCCAUGAUACUAGAAUGUAGAGAAAAGGGGAUUGGGAACAGACAAGGGAGAAGGGAUAUCUCAUUAGUGUGACACACUAGUGGCCAUACCCUCUUGACCAGCCUCUAGGAUUUUACUCUGUGUUCAUGUUGCUGCAUUUUUGGAAUAGAGUUAAUCUGAGAUUGAGGUUGAAUUGCAGUUGAGCCAAAUACAAUUGUCUAAUAGUCUGACAAAGCAUGGCAGACAAGACUGCUCCACGUUGCCAACUGAGGUUGGAAUGGAUUCAUGGAUACAGGGGGCAUCAGUGUCGCAACAAUUUGUAUUACACUGCCGGGAAGGAGAUUGUAUAUUUUGUCGCUGGGGUUGGCGUGGUUUACAACACCAGAGAACACACUCAGAAGUUCUUUUUGGGACACAAUGAUGACAUUAUCAGUCUUGCUAUGCAUCCUGACAAAGUUCAAGUGGCCACAGGACAAGUUGGGAAGGAUCCUUACAUCUGUGUUUGGGACACAUACGCUUUGCAGACUGUGUCCAUCCUGCGAGACGUGCACACACAUGGGGUGGCGUGUCUGGCGUUUGAUAUAGACGGACAGCGAUUAGCCUCUGUUGGGCUGGAUGCCAAAAACACAGUGUGUGUCUGGGACUGGAGAAAAGGCAGAGUCCUGGCUACAGCAACUGGACACUCAGACAGGAUCUUUGAUAUUGCUUGGGAUCCGUUCCAACUUCACAGGCUAGUAAGCUGUGGGGUGAAGCAUAUAAAGUUCUGGACCUUGUGUGGGAAUGCCUUGACACCCAAGCGGGGGAUCUUUGGGAAGACCGGGGACCUGCAGACCAUUCUGUGCCUGGCCACGGCAAAGGAAGAAGUGACAUACUCUGGAGCGCUGAAUGGGGACAUCUAUGUCUGGAAGGGGCUGAACCUGGCUCGCACAGUCCAAGCAGCCCAUGGAGCAGGGAUUUUCAGCAUGCACGCCUGUGAGGAAGGGUUCGCUACAGGCGGGAGGGACGGCUGCGUGAGACUGUGGGACGUGGACUUCAAACCCAUCACUAAGAUCGACCUCCGAGAGACUGAGCAAGGAUACAAAAGCUUGUCGAUCCGUAGCGUGUGCUGGAAGGCCGACCGAGUCCUGAUGGGCACCCAGGACAGUGAAAUCUUUGAGGUGAUGGUGCGAGACCGGGACAAGCCGCUGCUCCUCAUGCAGGGUCACAGUGAGGGCGAACUCUGGGCCCUCGACCCUCACCCCAAGCAGCCGGUGGCCGUAACCGGCAGUGACGACCGAUCAGUAAGGCUCUGGAGUUUAUCCGACCACACUCUUAUUGCCCGCUGUAACAUGGAGGAAGCCGUGCGCAGCGUUUCCUUCAUCAAUGACGGCUCUCAGCUUGCCCUGGGCAUGAAGGACGGCUCCUUCACUGUGCUCCGCGUCAGGGACAUGACGGAGGUGGUUCACAUCAAAGACAGGAAGGAGGUCAUCCACGAGCUGAAGUUCUCGCCGGACGGCUCUUACCUGGCGGUUGGCUCCAACGACAGCCUGGUAGACAUCUAUGCUGUUGCGCAGCGCUACAAGAAGGUGGGUGAGUGCAACCGAUCCACCUCUUUCAUCACCCACCUGGACUGGUCGGUGGACAGCCGCUACCUGCAGACCAAUGACGGGGCAGGGGAGAGGCUCUUCUACAGAAUGCCAGCGGGGAAGCUCCUUAGCAAAGAGGAGACCAAGGGAAUCCAUUGGAUGACCUGGACAGGCAUCAUCGGGCCCGAGGUCAACGGGAUUUGGCCCAAGUAUGCCAACGUCACAGACAUAAAUUCCGUGGACGCCAACUACAGCAGUGCCGUGCUGGUGACUGGGGAUGACUUUGGCCUCGUCAAGCUUUUCAGGUUCCCGUGUCUUAAGAAAGCGGCUAAAUUCAAGAAGUACAUCGGCCAUUCUGCCCAUGUGACAAACGUGCGCUGGUCCCAUGAUCUCCAGUGGGUGUUGAGCACUGGAGGGGCGGACCACGCCUUGUUCCAGUGGAAGUUUCUUCCAGAGGGGGUGAUGAACGGUGUUCUGGAACCCCUGCUUCAAGAGGGAUACGCUGAUUCAAACAGUGGAGAAUCCGACUCGGACGUGUCUGACGUUCCGGAGCUUGACUCAGACAUUGAACUGGAGGCCCAGAUCAGCUAUGAACGACAGGUUUACAAAGAAGACCUCCCACAGCUGAGGAAGAAGCUAGUGGGCUCACUGAAACGACAGAAAGCACCAGACGAGGGGCUGCGUUUGCAGUUUGUUCACGGGUACAGAGGUUGUGACUGCAGAAACAACCUAUUCUACACCCAGGCAGGAGAGGUGGUGUAUCACGUAGCAGCCGUGGCUGUGGUCUAUAACCGUCAGCAGCACGCACAGCGUUUCUACCUGGGUCAUGACGACGACAUCCUCAGCCUCACCGUCCAUCCGCUGAAGGACUUCGUUGCCACUGGACAGGUUGGCAGGGACCCAGCCAUCCAUGUGUGGGACAUCCAGACACUGAAGUGCUUGUCCUUGCUGAAGGGCCAUCACCAAAGAGGGGUGUGUGCACUGGAGUUCACAGUGGAUGGGAAGAGUCUUGUUUCUGUGGGCAUUGACGAAGGUCAUUCCAUCGUGUUGUGGGACUGGAAGAAAGGCGAGAAACUGGCAAAAGCAAGGGGCCACAAAGAUAAGCUUUUUGUGGUGAAAUGCAACCCCUUCCGUAUGGACAAGCUUGUCACCGUGGGAAUUAAGCAUAUCAAAUUCUGGCAACACACAGGUGGAGGCCUCACAUUCAAAAGGGGUAUCUUUGGAAACCUCGGGAAGCUGGAGACCAUGAUGUCCGUCUGCUACGGUCGCUCAGAGGACCUGGUUUUCUCAGGUUCCACCACUGGGGACGUAUACAUCUGGAGAGAGACCACCCUCAUGAAGACCAUCAAGGCCCACGACGGUCCAGUGUUCUCCAUGUGCUCUCUUGAUAAGGGCUUCGUGACUGGGGGCAAGGAUGGAGUGGUGGAGCUAUGGGAUGACAUGUUUGAGAGGUGCCUGAAGACCUACGCCAUCAAAAGGUCUUCGCUGUCUGCUUCAUCUAAAGGAUUGCUGCUGGAGGACAACCCAUCUAUCCGCGCCAUCACCCUUGGACAUGGACACAUCCUUGUGGGGACCAAAAAUGGAGAGAUUUUGGAAAUUGACAAGAGCGGGCCAAUGACCUUGUUGGUUCAGGGUCACAUGGAAGGUGAGGUGUGGGGUUUGGCUGCUCACCCUCUGCUUCCCAUAUGUGCCACUGUAAGUGAUGACAAAACGCUCCGAAUCUGGGAACUCUCCUCCAACCAUCGCAUGGUAGCUGUCCGCAAACUUAAAAAAGGUGGUCGAUGCUGUGCCUUUUCUCCUGAUGGGAAAGCCUUAGCCGUGGGUCUGAACGACGGCAGUUUCCUGGUGGUGAAUGCCGACACCUUAGAGGACAUGGUGACCUUCCAUCACCGCAAAGAGAUCAUCUCGGAUAUCAGGUUCUGCCAAGAUGCUGGAAAAUACCUUGCGGUGGCUUCUCAUGACACUUUUGUGGACAUUUACAAUGUGCUGACCAGCAAGAGAGUGGGCAUCUGUAAAGGAGCUUCCAGCUACAUCACCCACAUUGACUGGGAUACCCGUGGGAAAUUGCUACAAGUCAACACUGGUACCAAAGAACAACUAUUCUUCGAAGCCCCAAGAGGAAGGAAACAAACUAUCAAUAUUGCGGAGUUUGAAAAGGUGGAAUGGGCCACCUGGACCUCAGUGUUGGGACCCACCUGCGAGGGGGUCUGGCCCACACUCAGCUUUGUAAAUGCUGCCUCUCUCACCAAAGACCGGAAAUUGCUGGCCACUGGGGAUGACUUUGGCUUCCUAAAGCUGUUUGGUUAUCCUUCCAAGGGCCAGUUUGCCAAGUUUAAGAAGUAUGUGGGGCACAGUGCCAAUGUGACUAACGUCCGAUGGUCCAAUGAUGACACCAUGCUGCUGUCGGUGGGGGGCGCUGACUCUGCGCUCAUGAUUUGGGGCCGCGAGUCAUCGGGACAUAAGGAGAGCAAGGCGGUGGAUAGCGAGGAGUCUGACGACGAUGCGGAGGAGGAUGGAGGGUAUGACAGUGAUGUUGCACGAGAGAAGGGUACCGAUUACAUCACCAAGAUCUAUGCUGUCAGCAUCCGGGCCAUGGUUGGCACAAAGCCUCACCAGCGAGAGAAAGAAGUGCUCGUGGAGGAAAGGCCUCCUGUCAGUAGAGCUGCCCCCUUACCAGAGAAACUGCUGAAGAACAACUUAACCAAGAAGAAAAAACUUGUUGAGGAGCUGGCCUUGGAACAUGUGUUUGGAUAUCGGGGUUUUGAUUGUCGAAACAACCUGCAUUACCUCAACGAUGGCGCCGACAUCAUCUUCCACACUGCCGCAGCAGUGGUCAUCCAGAACCUCUCUGCUGGGACUCAGAGCUUUUACCUCGAGCACACAGAUGACAUUCUGUGUCUCACUGUCAAUCAACACCCAAAGUAUCUAAACAUCAUUGCCACAGGACAGAUUGGUGAUGUCACCGACCUGCCAGAUUUGGAAAUUGGUGGCCUCGCCCCCUCCAUCCACGUGUGGGACGCAAUGAGCAAACAGACGCUGUCUGUAUUACGGUGUUCGCACGCAAAGGGGGUGGGCUACGUCAACUUCAGUGCCACGGGCAAGCUGCUGCUGUCGGUAGGGGUGGAGCCUGAGCACACCAUCACCGUCUGGCGCUGGCAGGAAGGCACUAAAGUGACCAGUAAGGGCCGCCAUGCCGACAGGAUCUUUGUGGUGGAGUUCAGGCCUGACUCGGACACCCAGUUUGUGUCAGUGGGAAUCAAGCAUAUCAAGUUCUGGACCCUAGUGGGAGGUUCCCUCAUGUACAAGAAAGGAGUGAUCGGUGCAGUGGAAGACGGCAGGAUGCAGACCAUGUUGUCUGUGGCUUUCGGUGCUAAUAACCUCACCUUUACCGGUGCCAUAAAUGGUGAUGUGUAUGUGUGGCGAGAGCACUUUCUGGUACGGGUGGUGGCCAAAGCACAUACGGGGCCUGUUUUCACCAUGUACACCACACUUAGGGAUGGCCUCAUCGUGACUGGAGGGAAGGAGAGGCCGACUAAGGAGGGCGGAGCAGUUAAGUUGUGGGACCAGGAGAUGAAGCGCUGUAGGGCGUUCCAGCUGGAGACUGGGCAGACAGUGGAGAAUGUUCGGUCCGUGUGCCGGGGGAAGGGUAAAAUCCUUGUGGGAACUAAAGAUGGUGAGAUCAUUGAGGUGGGCGAAAAGAAUGCCGCCUCCAACACCAUGAUCAACGGACACACACAGGGGCGAAUCUGGGGACUAGCUACUCACCCCUCAAAAGACAUGUUCAUUUCUGCCAGCGAUGACGGCACCAUCCGCAUAUGGGACCUGGCAGAUAAGAAACUUCUAAACAAAGUCAGCUUAGGCCACCCAGCCAAAUGCACAGCCUACAGCCCCAAUGGAGAGAUGGUGUCCAUAGGCAUGGAGAACGGAGAGUUUAUCAUCCUCCUGGUCAACUCCUUAACAGUGUGGGGCAAGAAGAGAGAUCGGAGUGUGGCCAUCCAAGACAUUCGAUUCAGCCCGGACAACCGUCUGCUAGCAGUGGGCUCUGUGGACAACGCGGUGGACUUCUACGACCUUACUCUGGGUCCUUCACUCAACCGUAUUGGCUACUGCAAGGACAUUGCUGGAUUUGUCAUCCAGAUGGACUUUUCGGCUGACAGCAAGUACAUCGAGGUAUCCACAGGUACGUACAGUCGGCAGGUCCAUGAGGUUCCAUCAGGAAAGAUGGUAGCUGAGCAAUCUGUUAUUGAAAGGAUCACCUGGGCCACCUGGACAAGUGUACUAGGAGAUGAGGUGCUGGGGGUGUGGCCGCGAAAUGCUGAAAAGGCUGACGUCAAUUGUGCUUGUGUCUCUCAUGCCGGCCUCAAUGUAGUCACCGGGGAUGACUUUGGCCUCGUCAAGCUAUUUGACUUUCCAUGCAUAGAAAAAUUUGCCAAACACAAGCGCUACUUCGGCCACUCGGCUCAUGUGACAAAUAUUCGUUUCUCCUACGAUGACAAAUAUGUGAUCAGUGCAGGCGGCAAUGACUGCAGUUUGUUUGUAUGGAAAUGCCUGUGAUUAAGUGUCACCAAUUCUCACUGGAUCUCUUCAGAUGCAAAGAAAGGAUCCGGAUGCCUCAAUUGGAGCUGCUGCAUGCCUGAAAUGCUGCAUUUACACAUUUGUGAACUAAUAAUGACCUUGACCAAUGCAAAUUAGCUCUAAACUGGAAUCAAGGAAACAACAUUGCUAUUGUGAUAGAACAUACAGUUCUCUAAACGUUGACUGAUUGAUUGUCAUCUGGUGGUACAUGGCAAUGUCUCAGGGGAUACAGUACUUAAUAUGUUAUGAAUUUAAUCCCGUUUGUUAAUUCCCGUAUUACACUUGAAGUUUUAGGAAUAAUGAAUUGUGAUUGUGAAAAUUGAUUUAUUUGCGCAAAAUAAGUACACGGUAUUGAUAAAUGAGUGUAAACACUUUUUAUUACAGAGACAAAUCUCAGUGAUAUAGAGAAAGUUUCAGAAAUGCGAUGAGAAUCUGUUUCAUCGACAGUGUGAUAUUUUGGAAGUGAAAAAUAUAGGUUACAAGUAUACUGUAAAACAUAUAAGGCGCAUUCACUGAGAGUAAUGUAAGGCACAACAUUCAAGAGGACAUAUUUCAGAGGGUCAAAUGGUGUUGUACCACCCAAAUUUUAUGUUCAACUUUUUUUCCCCCCAUGCUUAACACGUGAAAUGGCAAGAACCAUGGUCAAGUCAAUUUGUUAUACAAACACGUUCUUCAGCCAUUAAUGCAUGAUGUUUAAGUGCCUUUAAGAAAUUAUUAUCAAAUGAUCACUUGACAUUUUUUAUACCGUUCUGGUGCUAUAGAACAUGUAGUCAUAGGGCUUUUAUAAAGUUAGUCGUACUGAUAUGUUAUGUAUGUUGUUUUCUUAUUAUUCUUGUACAUUGACCAAAACAUAUUAUACUCUUACUUGCAGCUUCUCCUCUUAAAAUAUAUCCAAACGCAUGGAACUCAGGAGCCAUACAAGGCAUUAAAGGGGAACUAUAACUAAAAGUCAUGACUUGACAUUGUAUCCCCUAAAGAUACCAUUAAGUGGCCAUUCCUGCCAAUCAACAUGUUUCUAUAUCCAUGGUGAAUUGUCCAAAAUAACCAUACCAUAAACAUUUUUUUUAAAGCAUUUAAUCCAACUAUCAUUUUUAGUUUAAAUACACUUUUUAGUACUGUGAUAAAGUUUAUUGUACAAUUUUCAAUGUGCACUUUGUUUUUGUUAUUGUAUCGACUUUGGCCGGGAUUUAAUAUAAGGUGUGUUAUAGAGCAACUCUUUAGUCGACAUCGGCAGCGUUUACCAUGCUCUCCGCAAAUGACUGGGACGUUGCCUUUAAACGGUGCAUUGUCAGCUGCACUGCUCUAUAAUGCACAUUGGAUUGAAUUGAAUUGAAUGCCAUCUUUUAUUUCCUAAGAAUAUGUUUAGUAUGCAACAUGCCAAUCAGAAAAGCAGUCAGUGGGCCUCAAUCUUCACAUGGACAGAAAUGUUGUGUAUUUGUUGUUUAGAAAACUAAUUUGUAAAACCCAUGCUUAUCAAACAUGCAUAAAUACCUUAAUCUAUUUUAAGGGAGAAUGUGAGUCAAGAAUCAUUGAAAAACAGAAAGUGAAUAAUUAGUUGAUUAUGAGAUGACAAGUUUAUUUUAUUAAAUACAUAUUUGAAUUGUUACUGUCCAAAUGCAUACAUGAUGCAUACAUGUCAGUAUUUAGGAACUUAAGUGUUGUCAUUUAUUAAAGAGUUCUAGUUCUCUGAAAAGGCCAUUGCGGAAAAACCACGUGGAUCACCUGGAGUGUUCUAAAAACACGUUUUCAUGUGAUCACAUGUGAAAAUGUGAUCAUGUGACGUGUUCCAAAAACACACAUUUUCACAUGAGAAAUGUCACAUAUCUAUCUACAUGUGAAAUCAUGUUUUUUCUGUAAGGGGGUAUUUGUGUGCACCAAAAAACUAACUGAGCGUUAAAAAAAAUCUGCAAACUGAAAUGUUCGUGAAACAAUAUACAUUAUUAGCCUAAACACAAAUUUGUUUUUGAUAAAUGAGACCCACUUUGUGGAAAUGUCUUUUUCUGCUUUUUUGUCUACCUUCAUUUUUAUGUCCAUGCCAUUCUUGCUGACAUACACACUGCCCCUGACACAACUUUGAGCUGGGUCGUGUACAUGAGGAAACACUGCUAUGCAACGGAAAACAAACAAUUGUUUUUUAUUGGACCAGUGCAGGUAGUCCCUCCAAGUUUCAGUCGGCUUUCUUCAGUUUGGUGCUGAAUGAACACAACCCGGAUGUUCUUUUGGCAAUAGAAUUGAUUAGAAAAUGAUUUGGCUAUCAAUGUGAUAUUGAUGUGCGUGUGUGUGUUUUAGAUUAACUUUGGUACAGUUGUCUGCAUUGUAGUUUUUGUAAUAUGUCCAGGUUAUUCAAUAUUUAUAUAGUAAUGUAAAAAGCAUGAAUUUAUUCAGACAUUCCAAAUCUAUGUGGUGACCGGUAAUACAUUUAUGACAAAAGUAUGUUUUCAAAAUGAAAAAGAACAAGUAAGUGAUGGGGGGUGUAGUGCGCCAAGAACCCCCCCAAAGUGGUUUAUUUUCAUAGAACUGCGCAACCAAAUAGUCUGUUCUGUUCAUACCUGUACAAUGUCUACUGGCCAUGGAUACUUGCCAUCAUCUGAAGUUGCUACCCUCCAGGCAGAAUUUGAUUGAGUCAACAUAGUUUCUUCAGUACUCAACAUACAUCAACAUGUCUAGUUGGUUCAAUUUUGUAAUUCAUUCAUUAAUUUUGGUCUCAUUGAAACACAUUUAUCUUGUACCAAAACCGUAUGUUGAACAGACAUUUUUGCCUGGCAGGUAUCUUUACUUGCCAACUGAUUAACAAUCAUUCAUCCAGUUUUGUCAAAGGGCUGGAUUCAAUCCAUGGUGUGGAUAUAUCACAGAAGAUCUGCGUUAAAAUGUAAAGGUCAUUUCUGAUUGAGCCGACAUAUGCAGCGCUUACCGUGAAUGCAGCCUCCACGUACACGGCGACAUUGCCUUUAAAUUUCAAUCAAGCUUUAACAUGGAUUGAAUCCAGAUCUUCUGCGAUACGGAUUGAAUCUAGCCCUAACUUUGUUUUGGAAACAAGGUCAAACAAACAUGGGGGAGUGUUUGACAGGUGUUGCCACUUGUCAUUCCAUCACUGUAACUAGAGGCGUCAUGCAGGCACCCCAAAAAUCUGAGGGGCACAAAGUACGAGAGAAUGGCUGGGUGGGGGGUGCAGAAUUUGACAAGUUGAAGAAUGUUGUAUUUUCAAACACCUGAAACAGCUUUUUCCUGCAAACCAAAGCCAUAACCAUUAUGCUUAAUUAUUAAUUGCAUAUCUAAGCAUACCUCUUGAGUAUCCUCCUGACUGGUGGUUAUUUUUUUAAAGAAACUAAAUAUCCUUCUCUGCAUAAAUCUGGGUAAAAGUUUGAAAGGAAUGUGAGUCUAAUUUAUUUUACUAGGCAAGUCAGUUAAGAACAUAUUCUUAUUUAUUUUCAAUGACAGCCUAGGAACAGUGGGUUUACUGUCUUGUUCAGGGGCAGAACGACAGAUUCGUUCCUUGUCAGCUCAGGGAUUUGAACUUGCAACCUUUCGGUUACUAGUCCAACGCUCUAACCACUAGGCUACGCUGCUGCUUGCUUUUGUAAUGUCUGCCAACCUUGCCAGGAGGCAUGCCAGCUAAGAUAGUUAGACAAGCUAGCUAUUCUAACUUGAUUGAUAGCCCGAAUUGGUUAGGUUCCCAAUCUCAUAACUAUCUGGGCUAGCUAAAGCCAACUUCAUAAAAUUGCUAGGUGGCUGGUAGUAUUACAGAGAAACAACAACAACAAAAAAUAAAUAAUUUUUUUGUUGUAUUAUUUAUAUAUAUAUUUUUCAAUCUGAGGGCAUGACGCCUCUGAGUCUAACAAUCUGUUAUCUAAAACACAUCCACUCCCAUUUGACUGAUCAGAAUCAAGUAUUCAACAAAGCCAAUGUAUGUAAAAAAAGAAAUAACCAAUGGUUUCAAAAGUUAAUUAAAUGAGGUACU